UCUAACGGUAUGAGGGAUCUGCCGUGAUGUGUGCUGUCCUGGGAACUCCCAUCUCCACUUCUCAAACAUGAUCUUCAGUGGUCACAGGAGACUGGAGGGACUCACAACUGGGAGGACUGCAGGAAAAUGCAAGCUGUGUCUUUAAGGGGGGAAGCAUAAAGGGGGAGCUAUAGCUUGUGCUGCAUUGAACUUGUUUGGAUCUGUUCCUGGUGCAGCACUAUGUGGGGAAGCUGCUGACUGACUGAGAUCCCCUACAGCUAGCCCCAGUGUGCACUCAGCCCUAAAUCUCUGCAGCCUCUGGUACGGUGCCACAUUUUUGAUCACCGCAGGCUACCAAUAAAAGUGGAGGAGAGGAAAUCCCCUCUGUGAAUUGGCUCCAUGUGCUGAAAGACAAGAAGAUAGUCAACACCCAGAAGAGAUCCUGUGUUGCGAGUAGAUGAACGUGUCCGUUUUGGGAAUCCGAAAGUCUCAGAUGAGUUAUUUGCUCAUAGUGUAACGUUAAUGAAGGUUCCAAUCUGAGAGCCAUACAAGUCCCCCGGAAUAAGAGGAGUAAUAGAGUAAUUCAAGUCAAAAUGUCUGCUGUUAGGUAGCGCACAGACUUGGCCAAGUCAAGAAAAUUUACAGAGCUCAGAAGACUCGAAGAAGAGUCCAUGUUUUCUACUUGUGCUUCCAGAGUCACAAGAUAAAUAUGACGGAAGCCAUGGAUGAACAGUUGUCCAGGGUGACUGUCCUACAUGAGUAUGUUGGCUGUAGGACAUACGAGGUGCCCUCUUCCGCUGCUAUCAAGGACAUCAAACAGCUCAUCUACAGAGAAACCGAUUUUCCUGUCUCAGAACAGCGUCUUCUACUACACAACAAAGAGUUAUGUGACAGGACCAAGAUUGAAGACCUGACCUCUGAGAAAACAAAUAUAUAUUUAAAUCUCCAAUCGAAGGGACUAAAAGGAGGAGGUAAAUUUGGACAGACCACACCACCCCUUGUUGACUUUCUCAAGGACAUAUUAAGGAGAUACCCAGAAGGAGGGCAGAUCCUAAAGGAGCUGAUUCAAAAUGCAGAAGAUGCUGGAGCCAGUGAAGUCAAAUUCCUCUACGAUGAAACCCAUUAUGGCACCGAGUCCCUCUGGUCAAAAGAUAUGGCUCAAUACCAAGGUCCUGCACUGUAUGUACACAAUAAUGCAGUUUUCACUCCUGAGGACUGGCAUGGAAUCCAGGAAAUUGCCAGAAGUAGGAAAAAAGAUGACCCACUAAAGGUCGGAAGGUUCGGAAUUGGAUUUAACUCCGUUUACCAUAUAACAGAUGUUCCCAGUAUUUUUAGUGGUGAUCAGAUAGGGAUUCUGGAUCCCCACCAAGUACUCUUUGGUCGUCAUGAGUCAGGCCAGUGUUGGAACAUUAAAGAAGACAGCAAAGAAAUAAGUGAACUGGUGGACCAAUUUGCACCAUAUAUUGACAUUUUUGGCAGCACAAAAGAAACCUUUGCAGAAGGUUAUUACCCAGGAACUUUCUUUCGAUUCCCCCUUCGUGUCCAGCCAUCAUUGCUGAGUCAUAAUCUUUAUAAUAAAGAAAAGGUUCUAGAACUGUAUGAGUCCUUUAGAGCAGAUGCGGACACUGUGCUCCUGUUUCUGAAGAAUGUCCAGAAGGUGUCUUUGCACGUUAGAGAGGCAGAUGGAUCUGAAAAGCUGGUUUUCCGUGUGACAGCUAGUGAGAACAAGCUACUAAAACAUGAUAGACCCAACUCGAUCAAAAUCCUUGGAACAGCCAUUGAGAAUUACUGUAAUGGGGUCCCAAGCAAUAGCAUAACAUGUGUUGCCUAUCACGUAAACAUUGUUGUAGAGGAUGAAAGUGUGAAAGAAACCCAAACCUCAUCAUGGUUGGUGUGCAACAGUGUUGGAGGUCGAGGUAUCUGUAUGGCAUUAGAUGCUCUUGCUGAUGACCUAAAAUUUGUUCCAACUAUUGGCAUUGCCAUGCCACUGUGGCAUAAUGUAGAAGAAAAGGGAGCAGAGUCCCAAUUUGUUGGAAGAGCAUUUUGCUUUCUUCCCUUACCACCAGGAGAUGAGAGCAAGACUGGUCUCCCUGUUCAUAUCAGUGGAUUUUUUGGCUUGACAGACAAUCGAAGAAGCAUCAAAUGGAGAGAACUGGACCAGUGGCGAGAUCCGGCAGCUCUUUGGAAUGAACUACUGGUCAAAAAUGUUGUCCCAAAAACAUAUGCAACUCUUAUUUUGGAAGGUAUCAAGAGAAUGAAGACAGAAGAGAACCCUGACUUCCCUCUCUCCGCUGAAAGCAUUUAUCAAAUGUGGCCAGAGGUGGACCAAGUAAGAACACACUGGAAACCUGUCAUAGAACCUCUUUUUAAGGAGCUAUUACAGAAUCCUGUCAUAUACACUUCUAAAAAAUGCUGGCUGAAAGAAUCAGAUGUAAACUUUACAGAAAUGGAUGAAAAUCAGGAGUACACAAAAACUGUCCUGAACUACCUCCAGAACUCAGGGACUCAGAUCGCCAAGGUACCGGCUAAUGUUGCUGCUGCAUUCCAAAUUCCCAUAAACAAUUCUAAGCCGGUGAAGAAGGUCAACCCAGCACUGGUCCGGCAGGUGCUGAGGAAAUGUGGACAUCGAGGACCUACUCAUGAGAAGCUUCACAUCCUUGAGUUCAUACUUAGUGAUGAGAAUUACAGUGAUCUUAUCGGGCUUGAAAUACUUCCGUUGCAGAAUGGGAGCUUUACUUCUUUUUCUUCAUCUGUAUCAGAUAAGGAUGUUGUUUACAUAACCUCAGAGGAGUACCCCAGAGCGCUAUUUCCAGGACUGGAAGGAAGGCUACUGUCUGAAGACUUAAAGCCUAAAAUUCUUACAGCCUUGAAGGAUGCUGCCACAAGUAGGGGUAGACCCUGUACCCAGCUUCAACUCUUGAAUCCUGAACGAUUUAUACGUCUUACAAAGGAAAUUAUGAAUACAACUUGGCCAACAAGAGACUUGGUCGUGCAGUGGCUUCCAGGCAAAGACAAAAAACAUCCUCCUAUGUCGUGGCUUAAGAUGGUCUGGAGACUGUUGUACAUUCAUUUUUCCGAAGAUUUGACUUGUCUAGAUGAUAUGCCGCUUAUACCUACAAAGCUGCUGGAAGAAGAAGUAGAACCCAUACUGGAACUCAUUCGUCUCAGGACACCUUCUCCUGUUAUUUAUGAUGAUGCGACUGACACUCAGCUCCCAGAACAUUUGCCCGAAAUAAUUAAAAAUCUGAGUGGCAUUGUCCUCACAUGUUUAGAUCCAUCUGUACAGCAUCCUCUUCUUAAAAAAUAUGUCUAUCCCCCUACACCUAGUGCCCUUCUUCAAAUAAUGGACAGGAUGUCUCUUCAAAAGCUGUCCAGUCAGAUUGCUUCACUGACCCCAAUCCAAAAAGGCGCCUUGCGGAGGUUCCUUGCUAGUUUAACAGACAUAAAUGAAAAAGAGAAGAAAAUCAUUCAAGAGCUGAUGGUUUUUAAAAGAAUUGAACAGACUUCCGAACAAAAGAAUUCCUAUGUUUUCUUGAGAGGGUGCAAAGUACUUCAUCACAAUGCUAAGCUUCCACCCAAAACCCGUCUUUCCUUUCCUAUAAUUGAUAGCAGUGAUGAGGAAACCAUUCGACUUACCAAGAUGCUAAAGGUAGAACAAUUGAAAAGCACUGACUGCCUAAAAAUUAUAUUGCAAGACAUAGAGAAGGGAUUUUAUUCAGCUGAAGAGCGGACAACCGUUAUGCUAUGGGUUCUUGAAAAUUUAACCUUCUUAAAGAAUGAAAACCAUGCAGUAAUUCAAUGGUUGUCGAGCCUUAAAUUCAUACCUGCUCACAAAGAUCGACUUGUUUUAGCCAAUGAACUUUUUGACCCGGAGGUAGACGUCCUCCAAAAUCUAUUUUGUGCUGAGGAACAAAUGUAUUUCCCACCUGCUAUAUUUACAUCCUCAGAUGUCUUACAUUCUCUUAGGCAGAUUGGCCUAAAAAAUGAUUCUCACAUUUUAGAAAAAGACAUUGUUCAGAUUGCUAAGAAAAUCGAAGCUGUAUAUAACGGAUCAGGAAAAAAUUACGAGGUUGUUGUAAAAAAGGCAAAAACUUUACUCAAUAUAUUAAAAAGAAAUUAUAAACUUGUACAGUCACCAGAGGGAAAAGCCAUAUUAAAAAAGAUCAAAUGGAUACCUACUAUCAAAGAGCGCCCACCAAAUUAUCCAAAUUCCUUGGUUUGGAUUGGAGACCAGUUCAAGUUAUAUUCUCCUGGAGAAAUGUGCAGUGUGUCUUAUGCUGUCCUGGUGGGCUCUUCUAUUCCAAUGUUGGAAAACAUGCAUGACAAUAUUGAAAAAGUCCUUGGCAUUUCGAGGGAACCUAGUAUUGAAGCCGUAUUGAAACAUCUCAAAGUUGUCGUCGAUUGGUAUAAUUCUAAAACUAUUACUGAUGAAGACUAUUAUCAGUUUCAGCACAUUCUGCUGGAGAUAUAUAGUUUCAUGCAGGAAUGUCUUGAUAAAAGCAAAGAACUAUACAAAGCCCUGUCCUUUCCAUGGGUCUGGACAGGCAAAACGUUUUGCUCCCCAAGGCAAGCCAUUAUAACUUCAGCCUAUAGUCUUGACCUUCAGCCCUUUUUGCACAACAUACCAAAUACCAUGGUGAAAUUUCACAAAUUGUUCAAGUUUUGUGGUUCAAUUGAGCAGCUAACACCUGAACAAAUCUUUGAUGUUGUUAAGAUAAUCUAUGAACGUAGCAAACAACCCAUGCAUAAAGAGGAGAACACGCAGAACAUUAACAUAAUGCUGAACAUUGUAAGGUGGAUGUAUAGUCAUCAGAUUGCUGUAAGUCUAGAUACACCCUUGCCUGUGCAUUUUAACAAAGACCCUUUAAAACUUGUAAUGAGACCCAUCCAUGAAUGUUGUUACUGUGACAUCAAGGUUGAUGAUCUAAAUGAUCUCCUUGAAGACUCAGUGGAACCAAUAAUAUUAGUACAUGAAGAUAUACCAAUGAAGACAGCAGAAUGGUUGAAUGUACCGUGUUUAAGUACACGGCUUAUUAACCCAGAAAACAUGGGGUUUGAACAGUCAGGCCAAAGAGAGCCACUUACUGUGAGAAUCAAAAACAUUUUGGAAGAAUAUCCUUCUGUUUCUGACAUCUUCAAGGAACUUCUCCAAAAUGCUGAUGAUGCGUCAGCGACUGAGUGCAACUUCAUGAUUGACAUGAGACGAAAUAUGGAUAUAAGGGAAAAUCUUCUAGACCCAGGAAUGGCAGCAUGUCAUGGUCCUUCACUAUGGUCUUACAAUAAUUCCGAGUUUACUGAUAAAGAUUUUUUAAACAUUACAAGACUUGGAGAAUCCUUAAAGAGAAGUGAAGUUGACAAAGUCGGAAAAUUUGGUCUAGGAUUUAACUCUGUCUACCAUGUCACGGACAUUCCCAUUAUUAUGAGUAGGGAGUUUAUGAUCAUGUUUGAUCCAAAUAUCAAUCACAUCAGCAAACACAUUCGAGACAAGUCCAACCCAGGCAUCAAAAUUAACUGGAGCAAACAGCAGAAAAGACUUCGCAAAUUUCCCAACCAGUUUAAGCCAUUUUUAGGUGUAUUUAAUUGUCAUCUACCACUUGCUGUAGAAGCUCCAUACUGCUACAAAGGUACACUUUUCCGGCUGUCCUUUAGAACCCAACAGGAAGCCAAAAUGAGUGAAAUUAGUAGCUGUUGCUACAACACAGCAGACAUUUAUACGCUGGUUGAUGAAUUUAGUUUAUGUGGCUACAGAUUAAUACUUUUUACUCAGAAUGUGAACUCCAUGGUCUUGAAAUACCUAAAGCCUGAAGAAUCAGAUCCAGGAUUAGCUCAAGACACUGUUACUAUUAAAAAAUCUAUGUGCUCCUCCAAGGUUUUAGCUGAUCCAAAAAGACUACUCACAGAGGCUGCCAAAGUAAUGAAUACCUGUAGUAUUACCAAGAAAUACCCAAAUGAAAUGCCCAAAUCAUCAUGCAUUUUGCAGAUCGUGGUUCAAGAGUUUCACCACGUGUUCAGGCGAAUAGUUGACCUUCAUUCUCCAUUGUUCCGAGGUCCUGAAGAUGAACCAGCUAACAUUUUUGAGCUGGCCAAGUCGGGGCAGACAAAGAGGAUGACUGAGGAACUGCCACAGAAAACUGUGGACUCAACAUCAUGGCUUACAUGUUCUUGUAUGGAUAUAGGUGAAGCUUUAAAAUUUGCUUUGAGUGAUAGUGGCAAGAGACUUGGGCUUGUGCCAUGUGGUGGGGUGGCUGUAAUGCUUUCUGGAAGUCAAGAUGGAAAAUGGACCGUAAAACCAUUUUCUGGUAAUAUUGGAGAAGUCUUUUGCUAUCUACCACUCCGUAUAAAAACUGGGCUUCCACUGCAUAUAAAUGGAUGCUUUGCUGUGACUUCAAAUCGGAAAGAAAUUUGGAAGACAGACACAAAGGGGAGAUGGAAUACUGUAUUCAUGAGACAUGUUAUUGUGCGGUCUUAUCUAGAGGCCCUUUGCGUCUUAAGGGACAUGUCUACCAGUGGAGAGCUGAUGAACUACAACUAUUAUUCAGUAUGGCCAGACCCUGACUAUGUCCACGAUGACUUUUCUGUCAUUUGCCAAGGACUAUAUGAAGACAUUGCCAAAGGAAAGGGCAAAGAUCGAAUGAAAGUAUUUUCUGAUGGAACAUCUUGGGUUUCCAUGAAAAAUGUGCGAUUACUUGAUGACUCUUUACUCAAGAGACCAGACAUUGGACCAGCUGCAUUCCAGAUUUUCAUGAAGUAUUUGAAGAAGACUGGCUCAAAAAACCUCUGUGCUGUGGAACUGCCCUCUUGGGUUAAACUAGGAUUUGAAGAAGCAGGGUGUACUGAUGUGCUGAUUGAGAAUACGUUUUCAGAAAGACAGUUUUUUUCAGAAGUAUUUUUCCCACACAUUGCUGAAAUUCAGCCUGAAUUACGAGAUCCAUUGAUGCUUUUUGUUUUGAAUGAAAGGAUUCAAGCAUUUAGUGAAAUUCUUCAAGUUACACCAUGUAUUCCAUGCUCCAGUGAGAACCACUCUCUGGUCGUUCCCUCAAGGCUCAUCCAUCCUGAAGGUAGAGUAGCCAAAUUGUAUGACAACAAUGAUGGAAGAUUUCCCUAUGGCACAUCUCAGAAUUACUUGAACCCAGUAGUGUUGGUGAAGUUGGUGCAACUUGGCAUGAUGAAGGAUGACAUUUUAUGGGAGGAUUUAAUUGAACGUAUUGAAUCCAUUGCACUAAUCAAUAAAACGGAUCAUGCAGCAGCUUGUGUAAGGAGCAAUAUUAUUCUAAGUUUGGUCGAUGAGAAACUUAAGUUUAGAGAUCCCAAGUCUAAAGAAUUUUGCAAGAAAUGCCAAAUCUCUAAAUUUUUGCCUUUUCUGAGUAAACCAGCUGGUUUUACCCUUCAUUGGAAAGGAAGUGACUUCAAUAGUGAGGAAAUGUUUUCAGCUACAGAGCUUUACACAGUUGAGCACCAAGACACAGUUUGCCUCCUAAAACCAAUUCUGAAUGAAAACUCUCCUUCUUUUAAGGGCUGUGGAUCCAUAUCCUUAGCAGUCAAAGAAUAUUUAGGUUUACUCAAGAAGCCUUCACCUGAAUUGGUACUUGAUCAGUUAAAGGAAAUUGCAAAAUACACAGAUGGAGGCACCUUGUACCAGGAAAACAUUACAAACUCCUGCUAUAAAUUCCUCAAUGAAGCUAUACUUUUGAACGAGGCUACAAAGACAUUGGUUGUUACAGAGCUGAAGACAUUUCCUUUUAUAUAUAUUGAGGGCAUCUAUGUUACUUCAGAAAAAGUUUCCUUCCAUCUAAACUUUGAAGCAGCCCCUUAUCUCUACCAGAUGCCUAACAAAUACAAAAAUAAUUUUCGGGAAUUGUUUGAAAGUGUUGGUGUGAAACAUGCCUUCACAGUAGAAGAUUUUGCAUCAGUACUUGAAAUGAUCAAAAGUGGUAAUUCGAACAAAAAAAUAUCAGAAAAUGACUUCCAACUUUGUAGACGAAUUGUUAGUGAGGGAAUAUGGGGACUUAUCAGAGAAAAAAGUCAAGAAUUUUGUGAGACAACUUAUGGCCAAAUUCUUCUACCAGAUGCCAAUCUCUAUCUCCUUCCAGCUAAAUCGCUAUGCUACAAUGACUGCCCAUGGAUUCAAGUAAAAGACACUGCUGUGAAGUACUGCCAUUCAGACAUUCCAAGGGAGGUAGCAGUAAAGCUUGGGUCAAUACCAAAAAGACACAAAGCUCUAGAAAGGUAUGCAACUAACAUUUGCUUCACGACUCUCGGAACAGAAUUUGGACAGAAGGAAAAGCUUACUAGCAGAAUCAAAAGCAUCCUCAAUGCCUACCCUUCAGAAAAAGAGAUGUUAAAGGAGCUUCUUCAAAAUGCUGAUGAUGCAAAGGCCACAGAAAUAUGUUUCGUCUUUGAUGGCAGAAGCCAUCCAUCUGACAGAAUAUUUGAUGAGAAAUGGGCAUCACUACAAGGUCCAGCACUGUGUGUAUACAACAACCAGCCAUUCACAGAUGAUGAUGUAAGAGGCAUCCAGAACUUAGGGAGAGGAACGAAGGAAGGCAAUCCUGGUAAAACGGGUCAGUAUGGAAUAGGCUUCAACUCUGUUUACCACAUUACUGACUGUCCGUCUUUCCUCUCAUCCAAUGACAUUAUAUGCAUCUUUGACCCUCAUGCACGAUAUGCUCCAGGAGCAACCGCACUUAGCCCUGGACGCAUGUUUCGAGAUUUGGAUGCCGAUUUUAGAACCCAGUUUUCAGAUGUUCUAAAUCUAUACUUGGGAAAGCACUUCAACCUCUCCAGUGCAACAAUGUUUCGUUUUCCACUACGAAAUGCUGAAAUGGCCAAAAGCUCUGAGAUCUCAUCAGUCCCUUGCUCUGACAGGAUGGUCCAGAACCUUCUUGACAAGCUGCGAACAGAUGGAGCAGAACUUCUAAUGUUUUUGAAUCACAUGGAAAAGAUUUCUAUCUGUGAAAUAGAGAAGACAACAGGUGCUCUGAAAGUAUUAUACUCUGUUCAAGGCAAAAUUACAGACGGUGACCGGCUGAAACGCAAACAGUUUCAUUCAUCUGUAAUUGACAGUGUGACCAGGAAAAAACUAUUGAAAGAUAUACCAGUCCAACAGAUUACUUAUACAAUGGACAUUGAAGACACUGAAGGAAACCUCACAACAUGGUUAAUCUGUAAUCGCUCUGGCUUCUCUAACAUGGGUAAAGUCUUAAAGAGUGUGAUCUCCGCGCACAAAAAUCAAGACAUCACAUUGUUUCCACGAGGCGGAGUUGCUGCUUGCGUAACCCACAAUUACAAGAAACCCUACAGAGCAUUCUGUUUUUUGCCACUGUCUCUUGAAACAGGACUUCCUUUUCAUGUCAAUGGACAUUUUGCUUUGGAUUCAGCCAGGCGUAACUUGUGGCGAGAUGAUGAUGGAGUUGGGGUGAGAAGUGACUGGAAUAAUAGCUUGAUGACGGUCUUAGUGGCUCCAGCUUAUGUAGAGCUAUUGGUGCAGCUCAAGAAACGAAACUUUCCUGGAACCGAUCCCACAAUCUCUAUAUUACACAAUACUCCAAUCCAUGCUGUGAAGGAUGUUUUAAAAAAGUUCUUGUCUUUUUUCCCAGUAAACAGACUUGACUUACAGCCAGACUGGUAUUGUCUGGUGAAAGCUGUUUAUGCUUGCAUUUAUGAGGAGUCAAAGCGCCUCUUGCCUGUAGUACGAGCCCCAAAUGUUGAUGGCUCUGACAUGCAGUCAGCUGUCAUUAUUACUUGGGUAAACAUGUCAGCUGUGAACUCUGGGAAGCCAUACUUUGACAAUUUAUUACAAGAUGAACUACAUCACAUGAAAAACAUGGAAUACAACAUAACUACUCGCAAGACAGUAGCCGAAAAUGUCUACAGGCUCAAACAUCUCCUCUUGGAGAUUGGGUUUAACUUGGUUUAUUACAGUGAUGAGACUGCAAAUCUUUAUCACUGUCUGGUGGACGCAGGCAUCCCGGUUACUUAUGCAACUCCUUCAGAUGUCCGUCAGUUCCUGAUGACUUUCUCGUCUCCUGACACAAACUGCCACAUUGGAAAACUACCUUGCCGCCUGCAGCAGACCAACCUAAAGCUGUUUCAUAGUUUGAAGCUCCUUGUAGACUAUUGCUUAAAAGAUGCCGAAGAAAAUGAAAUACAAAUCGAAGGUUUGCCACUUCUAAUUACCUUGGACAAUGUAUUGCAAGUUUUUGAUGCAAAACAACCAAAAUUCCUAACCACUUACCAUGAACUUAUCCCAUCUCGAAAAGAUUUGUUCAUGAAUACUUUGUAUCUGAGGUAUAACAGUAUUUUACUUUCAAGUAAAGUUGCCAAAGUAUUUGACAUCCACAGUUUUGCUGACCUUCUCUCCUCCGUUCUUCCCAGAGAGUACAAAACUAAAGUUUUUGUAUCAUGGAGAGAUAACUUUGCCAGUGAAUCGUGGCUAAAAAAUGCUUGGCAUUUCAUCAGCGAGUCCGUAAAUGUUAAAGAUGACCAAAGCAAUGCCACUACAUUUGAUGCCGUUGUAGAGACCCUAAAAGAUUGGGCUCUGUUACCAGGAAUAAAGUUCACUGUGUCUCCCGGCCAGUUAAUCAUUCCAGACGGUGAUGUAUUAUUGCCAUUAAGCCUCAUGCAUAUCGCCAUCUUUCCAAAUGCGCAGAGCGAUAAAGUGUUUCAUACGUUGAUGAAAACUGGUUGCAUUCAAUUGGCGCUGAACAAAAUUUGCUCAAAAGACAAUAUAUUGCUUCCCUUGUUGGCUGGACAUACUGCAAAUAUAGACAACCCAAUGAGCAUUCUCCGAGCUAUACAUCACAUGAUUCAGUCAUCAACAUUUAGGACUGAGAAGAUUGCUGAAAAUGACUUUGAUGCCCUUUUGAUGUAUUUCAACUGCAAUUUAAACUUCCUCACAUCAGAAGAUGCAACUAACAUUUUAAAGUCCCUCCCAUGCUAUAAGUCUGUUAGUGGGCGUUACGUUACCCUGUCUAAAUAUGGCACAUGUUACGUCCUUACAAAGACCAUACCAGCAGCUGAAGUGGAUAAAUGGUCUCACUCAUCAUCCUUUGCAUUUCUUGAAGAGAAGAUACAUUUGAAAGAAUUGUACACUGCAUUAGGAUGUGUCCCUGUUGAUGAUCUUGAAAUUUAUUUGAAACAUAUUCUGCCAAAAUUUGAAAACCUCUCCUAUCAUGCUAAAGUGGAACACUUGAUUUACCUAAAGAAUUGCUUAUCUAACCUAGAAGACAAUUGUACAGUAAAAGAGCAACUUUUUGCAAAACUAGAAGACCUAGCCUUUAUUCAUGAUGCCAGUGGCCGACUUAAACCUGCCAAGAACUUUUAUGAUCGGACUGUGAGAGUUUUUGAAGUCAUGCUGUCUGAAAAAUUGUUCAUACCCCUGGAAUUCUUUAAAAAACUAGAACAACUCACAAAGCCAAAAAACCAAUCUGCAUUCUUUCUCUCAUGGAUUAAAUUUCUCCGCAACAUAGGCCUAAAGCAUGUUAUUUCCCAACAACAGUUGUUGCAGUUUGCAAAAGAGAUCAGUAUGCGAGCUAAUUCAGAAGGUUGGACAAAGGAAGUGCUUCAAAACACUGUGGAUGUCCUUCUUUAUCAUGUUUUCCAAGAAAGAACAGAUUUGUUUUCUGGAAACUUUUUGAAAGAGUUGUCUAUGGUACCCUUUUUGUGUCCUGAACGAGCACCAGCAGAACUUGUUCGUUUUCAUCCUCAGUACCAAGAGGUAAAUGGAACACUCCCCCUGAUAAGAUUUAAUGGAGCUCAAGUAAAUCCAAAGUUCAAACAGACAGAUGUAAUGCAGUUGUUGUGGACAUCUUGCCCAAUUCUCCCUGAAAGGGCAACCCCACUAACCAUUAAAGAACAAGAGGGAAGUACACUUGGUCCACAGGAGCAGCUUGAACAAGUAUUAACAAUGCUUAAUGUAAAUUUGGAUCCUUCAGUUGACAAAGUGAUAAACAAUUGUCGAAAUAUAUGCAACAUUACCACCAUAGAUGAUGAAAUUGUGAAGACAAGAGUAAAGGUUCUAAGGAGUAUCUAUGAAUUUCUCAGCACAGAAAAAAAAGAGUUCAAGUUCCAGCUCAGAGGAGUUGCUUUUGUGAUGGUUGAAGAGGGGUGGAAACUUUUAAAGCCAGAAGAGGUUGUAAUAAAUCUGGAAUUUGAGUCGGAUUUUAAACCGUACCUCUACAAACUUCCUCUGGAGUUAGGCACCUUUCAUCAGCUAUUUAAGAAUUUAGGCACAGAAGAUGUAGUUUCAACAAAGCAGUACGUUGAAGUUCUUAGUCGUAUUUUUAAGAAUUCUGAAGGAAAACAGCUGGAUCCUAAUGAAAUGCGCACUGUAAAGAGAGUGGUUUCUGGCCUACUCAAAAGUCUCCAGAAUGAUUCUGCUAAAGUACGUAACGACUUGGAAAAUAUUCGUGACCUCGCACUUUACCUCCCAAGUCAAGAUGGAAGAUUGGUCAAGUCCAGCAUUUUAGUGUUUGAUGAUGCCCCCCAUUAUAAGAGCAGAAUUCAGGGAAACAUUGGUGUUCAGAUGCUUGUUGAUCUUAGCCAGUGUUACAUGGGAAAGGAUCAUGGCUUCCACACAAGAAUCAUAAUGCUUCUUCCUCAAAAGUUAAGACCGCGACUUCUCAGCAGCAUACUUGAAGAACAGCUGGAUGAAGAAACGCCCAAAUCGUGCCAGUUUGGUACACUUUGUUCUUUGCAAGGCAGACUGCAGUUAUUACUUUCUUCUGAUCAGUUCAUCACUGGACUUAUACGAAUCAUGAAGCAUGAAAAUGAUAAUGCAUUUUUGGCAAAUGAGGAGAAAGCCAUAAAGCUCUGCAAAGCUUUACGAGAAGGCCUAAAGGUGUCCUGCUUUGAAAAGUUGCAAACAACGUUAAGAGUAAAGGGUUUUAACCCAAUCCCUCACAGCAGGAGUGAAACUCUUGCAUUUUUGAAACGAUACGGCCAUGCAGUGAUAUUACUUUACAUACAACACUCUGACAGUAAGGAUAUAAAUUUCCUGUUAGCUUUAGCUAUGACCUUGAAGUCUGCAACAGACAAUCUCAUAUCCGACACAUCAUAUUUGAUAGCUAUGUUGGGUUGCAAUGACAUCUACAGGAUCAAUGAGAAGCUUGACAGUCUAGGUGUUAAAUAUGACUCCUCAAUUGAGCAAUCAAAACUUGAACUUCCUAUGCCUGGUACACCAAUACCAGCAGAAAUUCACUAUACACUGCUCAUGGACCCCACCAAUGUUUUCUAUCCAGGUGAAUAUGUUGGAUAUUUAGUGGAUGCUGAAGGUGGAGACUCAUUUGGCUCAUACCAACCAACAUACACCUACGCCAUCAUUGUGCAAGAAGUAGACAAAGUAGAUGACAACUCAGGUUCUCUGGGGAAGUUUUAUCAAAUAGACAUUGGUUAUAGUGAAUAUAAAAUAGUUAGCUCACUAGAUUUGUACAAGUUUUCAAGACCAGAGGAGGGUGUUCCGAACAAAGACAGUGCCCCAUCAACACCAACAAGUCCAACAGAAUUUCCUCCCCCUGGCCCAAGGACAGCGCCUUCAUUUGCUAACAAGGAAAGUAACAAAACAAGCUCCUCCAAACAUCAGUCACCUAAAAAGAUAAAGUUAAAUUCUUUACCAGAGAUUUUAAAAGAAGUUACUCUUGUGAUGGAACAGGCCUGGAAGCUUCCCGAAUCAGAAAGGAAGAAGAUAAUAAGAAGACUGUAUUUAAAGUGGCAUCCAGAUAAAAAUGCAGAAAAUCUGGAUAUAGCAACUGAGGUGUUUAAACAUCUUCAAAAUGAAAUAAACCGACUAGAGAAGCAAGCCUUUGUAGAUAUCAAUGUUGAAAGGACAGCAAGAAGAACCUACACCACCCCAUCUUCUAGAUUUCAGUCUGAAAAGUCUUCCUUUCAAAGGUUUUAUUCUUCUUGGAACCAAGAGGCAACAAAUCAUAAAUCUGAGAGACAACAAUAUCGAGAAAAAUUUACUGCCCCUUCAGGAUCAUAUGAUUCAAAGCGCUUCUUUGUUCCACCAACAUUCAAGUCCGUCGGUAACCCUGUUGAAGCUCGUAGGUGGCUUAGGCAAGCUAGGGCAAACUUUUCCGCUGCCAGAAAUGACAUGCAUAAGAAUGCAAAUGAGUGGGUGUGUUUUAAAUGCUAUCUCUCUACCAAAUUAGCAUUGAUCGCGGCGGAUUAUGCUGUUAGAGGAAAAUCUGACAAAGACGUCAAACCGGCGGCCCUUGCACAAAAGAUUGAAGAAUACGGCCAACAGCUAGAAGGUCUCACUAAAGAUGUCCAGACCUUGGAGGCUUAUGGGGUGGAUAGCUUAAAGACUCGCUAUCCUGAUAUGCUUCCCUUCCCACAAAUCCCGAAUGACCGGUUCACUUCUGAUGUUGCCAUGAGGGUAAUGGAAUGUACUGCUUGUAUAAUUAUAAAACUUGAAAAUUUUAUACAAAAUAAGAUUAUUUAAACUGACAAACAUCUUUUUUUUUACCUAUGCAAAUAGGGUUAAUGUGAUUUUAAAGCUGCACAGGACAGGAGCUCAUUUCACUAAUGCUAUCACAGGAAGAAAGUUCAUUCGGAAGGUUGUUUAGAGGAGAUUUGUUAAAAAAAUAUAAAAACAAGUAAAAAAAAAUGUAACUAAAAUAGAAUAAAAAAUUGCAGAAUUCUUGCUGCUAAUUUGGGAUAGGAUGAUAUUACAGGAUAUGGAUCAUCCAUAGGCUCUGAAAAUCCCAAAUUUGUAUAGUUUUAUUGGAGGGACUUUUUUUUAAAGUUGAUCUGCUUUCUGUGCACAUCACUAAUGUGCUGUAGCUGGGCCUAGUUUUAUGUAGCUAAAGCUGGCCAUAAACAUAAAAGUUGGUUAAGUCUGAUUUUUUGGCUAGAAUUUCUCUUGAUCCUACUCUCCUGGCUACUUUCUUUCAGGAGGAAGGAGGGAUUGGGCAUCUCCAAUUUCAACACCCCGAUCCUUUGUUCCCUUAGGGGUAAAGCCCCUCUCUCAUUUAAAGUCAAGAAAAAACACUGAACAGUAAUCUUAUGUGUACGGCCAGCUUUCGUCUAAGUCUGUGUCUUUCUUGGCUCUAUUCCCCCCUGAAAUCUAUGCUUUCAUACCAAGUCAAAAAUGUUGUACUUACUUCCUGAAAUGUGCUAUUGUAAAAAAAAUCUAUUAUAACUUGUUAUACUUGCCCACCUUAAAAGAAGCUACAUAUAGAAAUGUAGGAUAUGAAGACGUAUAAAAAAGGCGUUGUCUGGUUUAGAAAAUCCAGUUGUAAGUUCCCUAUGGAAUUCUGAAUAAAUGGAAGGAGGUCCUCUUGGUACUCAUCUAUAAGGCUGGGUUCACAUCCCGUAUGGCAAAAAAACAGAUGGAACAGU